AUGACAAUCAACCACGUCCGAGCUAAGGGAUACUGGAUCCUUGGUUGCAGUCACUUUGUGUCCAAGUUUAUCUCCAGAUGUGUGACCUGCCGUAAACUUCAUCAACCAGUCCAAAGUCAGAAGAUGGCUGAUCUUCCCAAAGAUCGGCUUACACCUAGUCCUCUGUUUACUUACUGUGGUGUAGAUUGUUUUGGCCCGUGGACUAUCAAAGAAGGCAGAAAAGAGUUGAAAAGGUAUGGCCUCAUCUUUACUUGCAUGGCAUCAAGAGCAAUUCACAUAGAAACGCUAAAUUUGAUGACUACCGAUGCCUUCAUAAAUGGAUUACGACGUUUCGUUUCUAUACGUGGUCCUAUCAGGCAGCUGAGAUCAGACAGAGGGACUAACUUUACUGGUGCAGCGACUAUACUCUCAAAAGCAUGGAAAGAAAUGGACCAAACGAAGGUGGCAUCUAUUCUGCUUACAGAGGGCUGUGACUACCUUGAUUUCAAGUUCAAUUUUCCAGCCUCGAGUCAUAUGGGAGGGGCAUGGGAAAGACAGAUUCAUUCAGUACGCACCAUACUCGAUGCACUACUGCAUCGAAAUGGUCACCAACUUGAUUACUCGCUUCGUACCUUGCUCUGUGAAGCAGCUGCUAUCGUCAACAGUCGUCCUUUGGCUGUGGAAUUCCUCAAUGAACCCAACCACCCAGAUCCACUUACUCCAAAACCUUCUACUGACCCAAAAGACAAAGGUUAUUUUGCCACCACCUGGAAGGUUUCUUUGUGA